UCGGUUGACGGUUUGACAGCCUCAGGCCUGUUAAUGGAGGUCAGAGCGAACCGAGCGGCGUGUGGAGAUAAACAUGGAGAAAAAUGUUGGGUCGCUUCAAGAGCAGGCUCUGAAGAGAAAAGAGCGGCUAAAAGCGCUUAGAGAUAAACAGCUACAUGGCCGAGAGCAGGAAGACGGGGAGCCAGAGAGCAAAAAAGCUGCACCGGAGGAGUCCACCGAAGAGAAGCACAGAGAGCUAAAACUGAGGAAUUACACUCCAGAGGACGAAGAGCUGAAGGACAGGCAGGUGCCCAAAGCUAAACCCGCAUCAGUGGAAGAUAAAGUAAAGGAUCAGUUGGAAGCAGCUAAUCCAGAGCCAAUAAUUGAAGAAGUGGAUUUGGCAAACCUUGCUCCAAGAAAACCAGAUUGGGAUCUAAAGCGUGAUGUGGCAAAGAAGCUGGAGAAGCUGGAGAGGAGAACACAGAGAGCCAUCGCCGAGCUCAUCCGAGAUCGCCUGAGAGGCAGCGAGGAGGAGUUGGCCGGAGCUGUGGGAGCAGUAAGAGCUGAAGAUGGAGAUUCAGAUUGAAUAAAAGAUGUAAAGAGGGGACAAAGGAGACUGAACAGGGGGCUUAAUGUGAAGACGAAGGUGGCUGGAGUUGUACUUUACAUAUCAUAGCAUUUUCUGUAUAUGUGGUUAAUUGAGGUGCAUUAUAACUGGCGAUGCUUUUUGUCAUAUUUUUUAAGAUUUGAAGUAAAACAAUGUACAUUUUGGCUAUUUCUGGUAAUUUUGUUUUUAUUUUAAGGUGGGAAAUGACCUGGGGAUGUUGUAAUUGGUCAGGUCCAGUAAUGGGAUUUGUACUAAAAAUUUGGUCAUAUUCUGUCUGAAUCCACCAAGUUACCCAAUAUUUCGAGCUAUAUGUAUAUAUUUCUUUCCAAAUGGAAUGGACAUAUUACAAGUUGGGCCUGACAGGAUUCAAUGAGGAUAGCCACACUGGCAACAUGUAGAAUGUGCUACACAAUACUGGUUAUGGUGAUUAGGUUUAGCACCAAACCUAAAAUAUAUAUUUAUAUGUUGUAAAUUUGUCCUGGCCAGGUAUUGUAUAUUCAGGUACAGAGACGGUUUAUUUGGAAAGGACUGUAAGAUUGGAAAGAAAGGUACUUCUAUAUUUACAAAAAUCAGAGUUGAGAUGAUGGA